AUGGGGUAUAAUCAGCCACUGCAAUCCAAUCCUCAAGAAAAAUUUGUGCAAAUACCGCUAGAUAUCGAGCACAACUCAGUCAACCAAACCAGCGACUCGAACCAGAGACCCAACAAGUGGCUUACCAUCAUCAUAUGCAUCAUCUUGGCCGUAACAGGUCAAUGCAUCGCUAGACUCCUCGAGAACUACUACUUCCUCCACAGAGACCGGAGCCGCGGCUACGGCAUAUGGACUCAAUCCCUCCUCCAAGUCGUCGGAUUUCCUCUCUUAAUCCUCCCUUUCAUUAUCUUCCUCCUCUCUUCCAAGAAAAAGAACCUACUUAUCAUUACCACCACUACAAUCUCCCGCAUAAAUCGAGCCUUAAAAUACUUUAUUAUCAUAUGCUACAUGUUUUCUCAAGCAAUUUGCUCAAACAGUAAACACCGUAUACCCUUUAGGGUCUUCACUCUCAUCUACACGACACAACUCUUAUUCACACCAGUUUUCUCAAUCUUCAUCAACAAAAUCAAAUUAAACAGAUCGAUGAUCGUCUCUCUCAUCCUCGCCAUCCUCACCGGAGCUUUCACCCUCUACACUUUCUCCGCGGGGUCACCUAUCUACAAUGGGAAGAAACCCAACUACACAAGAAUGUGGACCCCUUUUUGCGCGGCCAUCUUUUUCUCCUUACUCGUCUGCUACAUGAGAUACAUAUUUGAAGAUCUUAUCUCCGUUUGCAACGAACCCACCAACAGGAAACAACCAAGUUUCGUCGCCGUAUUUGAGUUGCUCAUCGUCAUGUCUUUUUUCGCAACCAUCGUCUUAGUCGCAGGUGUUUUCAUCUCCGGCGAGAAUCAUGAUCUGAAGAAACAUAUGGAUGGCUUCUUGAAGGGAGAGAUGGCUUACGUGAGAACUAUGGUAGGUCAAGCUGUUGCGUGGCAGGUCUACUGGGUCGGGAUCGUUGGGCUCGUGUUCGUUGUCUCGCCCGUGUUCUCGACCGUGAUCAGUGUCUGUACGUGGCCGGUCGUGUCGCUUAUGAUAGGUUUGGUUUAUAACAAGUACCAAGAGUACCAUGUCUUGAGUGGAACGGCCUUAGCCAUGGCCACACUCAGCGUAGCGUCUUAUUUCUAUUUGAUUUACAAAGAGAAUAAUUAA